GGGUGCGAGAUUAAUGGGUAACCCUGGUCACCCAAAGCUGCACAACUGCGGGACCUCAAGCCAAAGAGGUCCCAUCAGUCCAACAAAAAAGAACAUAAAGUUAUCAUUCGUAAUGUUACUUCUCUGGAAAAGAAAUCAUCGCGCAAAUAUGGCGUGCAUUUGAUUUAGUGACUCUGAGGCGCAAAAAAAGAGUAAAUCUCACUAAAUGUUUAGUCUUGCAACAAAACCCCGUUAUUUUACAUUUAAUACGGCAUGAUUCCUCCGUUUAACGUUUUGUUCCUUGCGACGCAAAGACACUCAUGGGAUGUUGGACAACGAGUUGCGACUUCGGACACCUGAAAGCGCACUCCAAGGUGUCCGUGCUCUUUACCAUGAUCCUCAUAUUCACAUAUUUGUUCUACAGUCUCACCGGAUACUGCGAUUCCAUGCCGAGUCCACUGUACGUCCAUCAAAAUUUCAGAAGCAAACUUUUCCUAAAGGAAGGGAAGAAACUCGCGCACUGGAACGGCUCCAUCGUUCGCGAACUCCCCGAGCAGGAUGCGACAGACGUGGAAGAUGAGAAGCGGCAGCGAGGUUUAGCUUAUGACACGUACAACAAUCUCUCCGUGUCAAACAACUUUGGGACCAAAGAGUUUCCUAAGGCGAUUAUUAUCGGCGUGAAAAAGGGAGGAACGCGCGCGCUUCUGGAGUUCCUGCGCGUUCAUCCAGACGUGAGAGCCGUGGGCGCGGAGCCGCACUUCUUUGACAGGUUCUAUGAGAAGGGGCUCCAGUGGUACAGGAAUCUAAUGCCGCGUACUUUAGACGGCCAGAUCACCAUGGAGAAAACACCCAGCUACUUCAUCACCCAUGAAGCACCUCCCCGCGUCUUCUCCAUGAGCCGCAGCACCAAACUCAUUGUGGUGGUCCGUGACCCCGUGACCCGGGCCGUGUCAGACUACACUCAGACUCUGACCAAAAGCCCCGGCCUGCCAUCCUUCCAGAAUCUGGUCUUCAAGAACUCCACCACGGGUCUGAUCGACACCUCCUGGAGCGCCGUGAGGAUCGGCAUCUACUCCAAACACCUGGAGAACUGGCUCAGGUAUUUCCCGCUCGCGCAGUUUCUUUUCGUGAGCGGCGAGAAGCUGGUGACGGACCCCGCGGGGGAAAUGGGCCGGGUGCAGGAUUUCCUGGGACUCAAACGAGUGGUGACCAAUAAGCACUUCUACUUUAACCAGACUAAAGGCUUCCCCUGCCUCAAAAAGCCAGAAGGAAGCAACAGACCGCGAUGCCUGGGGAAAUCUAAAGGCCGACCACAUCCACACAUACCAGCAGAAGUGCUGCACAGACUCAGGGAUUUCUACAGGCCUUUCAACAUGAAGUUCUACCAGAUGACUGGUCAGGACUUUGGCUGGGACUGAACAUUUGCAGGACCCUUUGUGAUAAUGCACAAAGCAAUUAAACUGUCUAUUUAUGACUGAUUGGUGUUGGUUUUCAGUAUCUUCACCCUGAGUACUCUCAGAAAUUGCUAGUAAAUUUCACAAUUAAUUAAAAAAAAAAAAAAAAAAAAAAAAAAAAAUGCAAGUGCAAGUGCAAACAAAGAGAUUGCUGUCCACACACUGAAUGAAUGUAAUCCAGACUGGAAAAGGUCUAGCAAAAAUAUAUCUUAUUACAUAAACAUCAUAGUGUACAGUGUAAAUGAAUUAACAACUAAACCAGCACAAGCAAACAUUUCAGCACAUUGCUUUUUUUAGUGCUCACAUAACAACAACCAUUCGCCCUUUUUCUGGAUUACUAAUUAGAGAUAAUUAGCUGGGUUAGCAGGUGGACGUCAAAGAAAAUGUGGCAAUUAAACUAAACCAACAUAUAUACAAGAACAACAAAAUAGUAUACAUUUUAUAAAUAUGCAAAUCAUACAAACAGUGUUUUUAAACCAAAUUUUAAUAAUAAAAAAGAUCAAAAAUAUACAAAUAAUACAAAUAAUACAAAAAUGCAGUCAACACACCCUUCC